CGCGGCGCUUCCAGCGGCGUUCCCCUCGGCAGCCGGCCGCCAUGUUGUGCUAGCUUUACGCUCCGCGGCUGGCGGACGGCCCCCGAGGAGAGCAGCUCCCGGCGUCGGGAGAGGUAGGAGGGUUGCAGGCUUUUCACGCCGCGGCCUGACAAGAUCCGACGCCAUGGCAGCCGCCCUGGGAGGAGCAGGAGCAGAUGAUGACUUUGAUCAUCAUAAGCCUGGUGCAGAAAGGUCUUGGAGAAGAAGAACUGGAGACGAAGAAUGGGAUAGUGAAUUAGAUGAUGACUUGCUAGGAGAAGAUUUGUUGACUGGCAAAAAGACUCAGUCAGAUAUGUCAGAUGAAGAACUGAACGAUGAUCUUCUGCAAAGUGAUAAUGAAGAAGAUCAACAUUACAGUACUCAAGAUGUCACUAUGAGUCUUAAUGCUACAUCUAGCAUAGUUACAUCCUUUGAGCUCUCAGACAAUGCUAAUGACCCAUCAAUUGAACAAGACUCGGAGUACGAACAAGGGGAAGACGAAAUUGGUUAUGACAAAUCAGAUGUGCCUGAAGAGUACGCAGAGGAGUAUUCAGAAGGACAGUAUGAAGGCCAGGAGGCUGAGUUGACAGAAGACCAAAUAGACUAUGGGGAAGAUCAGGGUGAAGAAGAGAAUUAUAAUGAUGAAGUGCUGGAUCUUGAAAUCAAUGAACCUCUAGAUGAAUUUCCAGAUGAAGAUUAUUAUUUCUUUCAGGAUGAAGAUCAUUAUAGUGAACAGCAAGUAAUUGAGCAACAAGAAUAUGUAGCUGAAGAAGAGUUAGAAGAGGUUGCUGAUACCCAGACACCUCCAAAUGAGUCAGAAGAGGCAGUUAUUGAAAAUCUGGAGUUUCAAGAAGAAACCAAAGAGGAGUCGGAUGAGGAGGAGGAAGAUGAUGAAGAGUCUGGUCGGUUACGUUUCAAAACUGAACGGAAGGAAGGGACAAUUAUCAGGCUAUCAGAUGUAACAAGGGAGCGAAGAAACAUUCCAGAAACUUUGGAACUUUCUGCAGAAGCCAAAGCAGCAUUACUUGAAUUUGAAGAACGGGAAAGACAGCUAAAACAGGGGCGGUACGGCUCCCGAAGAGGAGGAAGACGAGGAGGGCCAUUAAUGUGUCGUGGGCUGGGAGAGCAAAGAAGAGACAACAAUGAAAGAGGGAGAAUGAAGGAUCACAGGCCUGCUUUGCUGCCAACCCAGACAGCUGUUACGACACAUUCAGACAGGAUAUUUCGUCAUCAGCAACCCAUUAGGAACCUUUUCCAGCAGCAGCAGCAGCAACCACAGCAGCCGCAGCCGCAACAGCCACAACAGCUCCAGGGUCUGCUCCCCAUCCCCACUCAGCAUCAUACCCCACCCCCUCCCCCUCAAGGAAUUCAUAUGCCAUCCCAAGUAGAAACCCCAAGGAUACUGAUGACUCCUCCUUCGGUGGCAUCCCAGCAGCCAAAAAACAUACACAUAAAUCCACACUUCAAAGGAACUGUAGUAACACCUGUUCAAGUGCCCUUGCUGCCAGUCCCAACCCAGCCAAGACCUGCCGUAGGACCCCAGAGAUUUCCCGGCCCUCCAGAUUUUCAGCAAAAUCCUCCUGGACCUGUUCCUGCCAACUUCAGCCAAGCCCCACGGCUUUCCCUCCAGGAUCAGUGGCGGGGACCACCACCUCCUCUUCCGCCCCCACCUCCACAGGAGAGAGAACCUUUCUUCAUGGGAGAGCCGAGAUUUCCCAGCCAUCACUUGUUUGAGCAGCGGAGCCCCCCUCCACCACCGCCCCCGCUUCUUAACAGCGCACACCCUGUGCCCAGCCAAAACCCGCUGCCAUUCACUCAGCCUGGGCCGGGUUUCAGCCAGCAGGGGCAACAGCCGAUGUUUCCAAGAGAAAGGCUGGUAAGGCCCAGUCUGCAGCCUCAGGGCCCCGUGGGGAUUCUUCACUUCAGCCAGCCGGGAGCAGCCAAUGCACGGCCUUUUCUUCCUCCAAGGCAGUCCUUCCUGCAGGUCCCAGGGCAGCCGUUCUUAGCCCCUCUCACCCAAGCUGGCAUGCAGGGCCCUUUGCACCCUCCUCUGCAGCCACAGCAUCCACAACCGCCGCCACAACACCCGCAGCCGCCGCCGCCGCCGCCCCAGCCUCACCACCAGCCACAUCAGUCCCACCAGCAGCAGCACCACCUGCUGCCUGUGCCUCCCCAGCCUCUGAUUCCGGUCGCCCCAUCCCAGUUCAGGCCUCACAUGCAGACUUCACAGCAGCAGCCAAGCAGCAGCCGGAUGCAGUGCCAGCAACGGCAAGGUCUGGUAAAGGCCAGGCAUAACACCCCAACGCAAAGCAUCGUGAAACGUCCAAACCAGCAGCUCCAGUCCUCUGCCCCAAGGAAUAGUAAUUUGCGUGAAUUGCCAAUAGCACCUUUGCAUGCGAUCGAGGCUGCUAACAACCGACGAACUUCAGCUCCUGCUGCUCAGGUGAAACCUAUUGCUAGCACCACACCUGCCGUGAGGCCUGUUACAGGUGUCAAGAACCAACCAGGAAGGGCGGAGACCAAGCCUAGAGUGGUUAUUCCGGUGACUCAGCCUAAAACGGAGGUCAAAUCUGAACCAGAGUUUCCUGAUGAAGAUGAAGAAACCAGACUCUACCGUCUGAAGAUAGAGGAGCAGAAACGCCUCAGGGAAGAGAUCUUGAAACAAAAGGAGCUCAGGCGGCAGCUUCAAGCUGGGGCCCGAAAAAGAGAAUUGCUUGAAAGGCUCGCACAGCAACAGCAACAAGGCCCUUCAGCCCAACAGCAGGAGGAAGACCCUUCGCAGCUGCCCACCAAUGGAAACCCAUUGCUGUCGCUUCCUGGCGCACAGCCCCGCCAAAAUGUGAAAUGCAGGCUAAUGGUUAAAAAACCAGAUCCAGUCUUUCCAAAUUCCCCAGCUGUUCAGCCUAAGCCUAUAAACAUUCUCCAGGCUGGAGACGGCGCGCAAUUUCAAGGACAGCAAAUAAAAACGGUGAAGCAGCUAAGGCAGGCUAGGACCAUGCCCGAAAAUGAACUCCAGCUUCCCUAUAAAGGUUUGCAAACAAAGCCUCCUGCUGCCGCACACUUGAACCUGUCCCAGAUUGCUCGGGUGGCAUCGGUGCAAGGCCAACCUCAAGAGCUGAAGCCUGGGGUGAAAAGGACUGUCAUGCAGCGGGCAAACAGUGGUAGUGGCGAUGGGCCCCAUGUCGGCACCAAAGUCAGGGUGAUAAAAUUGUCAGGAGGGAGUGGUGAGAAUGUUGGCUUUACUCAUUUGGAAGGACCUCCUCACCGGCUUCCACAGCCAUCAGAGCAGAGACAUCAACCAAUGCGGAAGGUCACACUGACAAAGGGGACAGUGCAGCAACUGCAUCAGCCUCAUCAGCACCAUCUAUCACAGAUUCACUCUACGUUUCCUCAAGGACUAAAAAAUAUCCCAGGGAUACAUCAAGUGAAAAAGCAGGGUCUUCCACAUGGGAGAGGCAGGGGCAUUACGGGCCAGAUGGGCCGAGGCCGCUUGAUGCCAAGUAAACCAAACCUGCGGGUGGUGGAGUGCAAGCCUCAGCCCUGUGUCGUGUCAGUGGAAGGGCUGUCUUCAUCCACCACGGAUAUCCAACUGAAAAACCUGCUCAUGUCGGUAGGACCCAUUCAGAGUUUACAGAUGUUGCCUCAACAACGAAAGGCCAUUGCAAAAUUUAAAGAGCCUGCUGAUGCUUUAAAAUUUCAACAGAAGUUUCACAGGCACAUGAUAGAUCUCUCCCAUAUCAACGUGGCACUGAUAGUGGAGUGACCUACUGAGCUUAAGUUGUCUUAAAAUAAAGCAGGUUAUGGAGGAAGUCAGAAGGGCAGAAUCUCCCCAUCAUUUCUGGUGCCAGUCUUGCAGACUCCUCCUGAAACUUCAAAUUACUCUGUGACAACUGCGGACAGCAACCGCCUUGCUACAAAUGGAAGUUGAAUUUCAAGAUUGAAAAAGAUCUCUCCUGGCUUUCUUUUACUGUAUUGAACAUACAAAAUUACAGAUCUCAUGUGUGAAUAGUGUACAUGGAUGUUUUCAGGCGAUAGAUAUACUGUGUGAUCACAGUGACUUGGAUCGAAAGAACAUUGACUCUUGAAAAGAUUUUUUUAAUGUCUCUUCUUAGAAAAGAAUAUUUGAUAAUGGUUGCCCUUAUCUUCCAUGUGGGGUGUUGAAAUCAGAAUGCACCCAUAAUCUGUUGUUUGUAGCUAAGCAUAUAGAUGCCUAUAAUAUAGAAUAAAAGUCGAGCUACGUAAUUUGUUGAUUUUUUUUGCCAAGAGACUCUGAAGCUGAUUCUUGAAAGCUCUUAUUCCUAGUAAGAUGAAUGUAGUUUGUUGUGCAUAAAGUCCCACUCGGUAUUCCCAGCAUUCUUUCUUACCAACAUUACAAAGAGUUGCACCUGUUUGAUGUCCUUACUUAAGAAGGGUGCUCACGUUCAUGCUCCAGAGUCUUGGAAAGACACGCCUUUUAGCCUUCUCUUGUGCUUUCUUGACAAGAAGUGCUUGAAUGGCCAGGAAUUAACUGGAGGCUGCUGGUGGUGAGAAUGUUUACAUAUGCAGGUCCAGGAGAUCCAUUUUGGUUAGGCUUCUUGGGAAGUGAGUCACUGGUGUUGAGCUUCAUAUUUUUAUUUAUUUCUUUUCUGUGUAAUAAUUGGCAGUAAUGCUUGAUAAUGGUAAGAGUCUGCCAAAUCGUACUCUAGCACUGUUCCCACGCCACCAGGUGAAUUAUGAGGACAUUUCCUCUCUGAGACGUGGGCUGUUUAUAAGAAUACGUGCAGACUUUAGGGAAGUUCUGUUUUUGUACUAAAUAAGCUCUUUCCUCCAAAGAAAGGUGUUUGUUACACCGUUCCCUGCUUCCUCUGGUUAGUGAGAAGAGAGAAUGUCUUUUACUACUCGUAGAAAUCUAUUCAGUGUUAAUGUACUUGAGGCCAAUAAACAUGGAACAGAUAAGGAUGAUAAUCUAGACAGUGAGUUUGAGUCUAUAGAAAAGUACUGGAGCAGGAAGGGAAAUAAGAAUGUUCUUUCAGGGCCGCAGGUUACGUGACAUGGAGAAGUAGUGGUGUUCCUUUUCUAAUUAUUCAAAAUCAUAUUCUGUAAAGAAGAAGGCUUUUAAAACUGUGUUCCCAAUUAAAAAAGAAGAUGUGGGAAUUGGCAAUAAGCAAUUAAGAUAUAUAAAUGCAUCACGCCUUUUAAAGGCAGGGCUUUUUUUCCCCCUCCACUGGUAAUAUCACAUUGUAGCGUAGUGUAGGGUGUGAAGUACGUUAAAGACAUUUUAAUGAGUAGCUAGUAAAAACUGUCUUCAUCCUUGCGGAGUAUCCUACCUUGAAUUUGACCGUGCCAUAGAGGUGAGUGUUGCUGUCCUUCAUUAUUUAUAGCUCUUGAGUUGUGUUUGUUAAGAAAACUGGGCUUUUAAUAUAUCAUGCAAUUUAGGUUAGCUUUUCUCUGCUUAGUGUUGUUUUAAAAACUAAGGGGCCCUCAGGGUCGAAAGAGAGAGAAUCUCGUACCUUUGCCCAUCACAGGACAUGUUAACAGUCUUUCCACAAAGCUGAGAUUGCUAUUUAGGACUUACAUUUAAAAUCGUAUUUUAAAAAAAAUAAACUCAUGUCUUCACUGCACAGCUCAGGUACAGCUUGUCCAUAAUAGACAAGCCACGAUACGCAGACAGUUCUGAGAACAGAGCAGGCUAAAACAGUGAAUUCACUGCGCAGAAUGUGGGCAGCUUUAAUGUGGGCUCAGUCAUUGGCACGGCUCCCUUGGUUUGGCAGGGUUCAACGCAACAGUGCUUGCCAGAAGAAGGGAUUUUAUAAUGCCCUACCUCUACACCACAUUUGAGGUCUGAGGAAAUCUUUUUUUUCCCCCUUACAUCAGCAGGUCUUUGAUUAGAUUGGAUGAACCUCUAGCAGGCAGGGAAUUUUGAGGGCUGGGAGGGUGCACGACUGCUUUAAGUUUUACAACCUCUGUAUGUGGGAAAUCUGCUUUGGUGUGGCCUUUAAAAUAAUGGUGUGGACUUUUGCAUGAUUUGUCUGAGGCCCAUCUCUUACACCUGAUGGCAAAUGCCUAGCGGGUGUAUAAUAUGCUCACCAUUUUGAUAGAGGGUAUUCUCUGGGAUAUGGGAAAGAGGAAGAAGAAGACAUGUGAUUUUUUUUUUUCUCUCUCUCUCCAUAGCAAGCAGAAGGAAACCUUGUAGUAUGGGUGAUAGGCACCAGACCUCUUGCUUGAAUUGUCUUUAGAUAUUGUAAUGCCUUGACUGGUUAAUGCUAAAUUAGAACUGAGUUUGGCGUGAACCUAGUAAUUUUGGUUCCUAAUUUUGAGGUGCCUUCCACAAAAGCAAAUCACAGUAAAAAUAGGAGACCCUGUUCUUUGCACAAUGCUUCCUGACCCAUCUCCACAUCUUUUUGUAGAAGAUCUGUUGCAACCAUUAUCUUGUUCUUUCUUUAUCAUGUGUUAUUUUAAAGAUGCAAAAUGCAGGCAUUGCAUUUAUUGUAUUGUGUAAAUAUGAGACUUUUUAACAAAACGUAAAUGAAGCUGUUCACAUGCUAAUAAUUUAGUCACAUGAAAGCUUAUUUGGUGGGAUGGGGAGGAAGGCAGUUGUGUUGUCUUACCAGAGUUGAAUGGAAGUGGUUCCGUAAAUGUUGCUGUUAUUAUUAUUAUUAUUUUUGGUGUAACUCUUCUGCUUUUUAUAAAGAUGCCAGUAAGUCAA